AUGCCAGUGCUUUCGGAAGACUCAGGAUUGCAUGAAACUUUGGCCCUUUUGACAUCUCAGCUAAGACCUGACUCAAAUCACAAGGAGGAAAUGGGAUUCCUUAGGGACGUCUUCAGUGAGAAGAGUCUCAGCUACCUGAUGAAGAUUUAUGAAAAGCUCCGUCACUAUGAACGACAGAGCCCGACUCCUGUGCUGCACAGUGCAGUGGGAUUAGCUGAAGAUGUAAUAGAAGAGUUGCAGACUGCACCUGUGAAUAACGAAGAGAAGGAGCUACUACAGCUGUUGUCAACACCACAUCUCCGGGCGAUGCUGGCAGUACACGACACCGUGGCUCAGAAGAACUUCGACCCAGUCCUUCCACCUCUGCCUGAGAACUUUGAUGACGAUUUCGAUGAGGAGUCAGUGAAGAUUGUUCGGCUGGUGAAAAACAAAGAACCCUUGGGAGCUACCAUCAGGAGAGACGAGCAUACAGGAGCUGUGAUUGUAGCAAGGAUCAUGAGAGGUGGCGCAGCUGACCGGAGCGGUCUUGUCCACGUUGGAGAUGAGCUAAGAGAAGUCAAUGGUAUUACUGUGCUUCACAAACGACCGGAAGAAAUAAGUCAGAUUUUGGCUCAGGCUCAGGGGUCAAUAACGUUAAAAAUAAUUCCCGCUGUCAGAGAAGAAGAUCGUCUGAAAGACAGCAAGGUGUUUAUGAGGGCGCUUUUCUGCUAUAAUCCCAAAGAAGACAGAGCCAUCCCCUGCCAGGAGGCUGGGCUGCCCUUCAAGAGGCGACAUGUCCUAGAAGUUGUAAGCCAAGAUGAUCCCACAUGGUGGCAAGCAAAGCGUGUCGGAGACACCAACCUCCGAGCAGGUUUGAUCCCCUCCAAGCAGUUCCAGGAAAGACGGCUGACCUACCGAAGAACAACAGGCACUCUGCAGAAUCCCAGGACUGCGAGGAAGCCGCUGUAUGACCAGUCUUCUGAUAAAGAAGACUGUGACUGUGAAGGCUAUUUCAACGGACAGUACAUAGCUGGCUUACGCAGGAGCUUCAGACUGAGUCGUAAAGAGAAGGAGAACAGUCUGAGCGAAGGAAAGCCGGUGGAGCAGGUGGACACAGUGGAGUUCCUGACGUAUGAAGAAGUCACCAAGUACCAGCAGCAGCCUGGUGAACCGCAGAGGGUGGUGGUUUUGAUUGGUUGUUUGGGGGCCAGAUUAAGUGAGCUGAAGCAGAAGGUGGUGUCCGAGAACCCGCAGGAGUAUGGUGUCGCAGUUCCACAUACGACCAGGUCAAAGAAAAGUCAUGAGAAAGAGGGAGUAGAAUACAAUUUUGUCUCUAAGCAGUCCUUUGAGACAGAUGUGCAGCAAAACAAAUUUGUGGAACACGGAGAAUACAAAGAAAACCUGUAUGGUACAAGUCUUGAGGCAAUCCGGUCCGUGAUGGCCAAAAAGAAGGUGUGUUUGGUGGACGUGGUACCUGAAGCAGUAAAGCACUUGAGGACUCCUGAGUUCAAGCCUUACGUGAUCUUUGUGAAGCCGCUCGUUCCAGAAAAGAAGCAGCACGUCCUGAAGUCUCCCUUGUCAGAAGAAAUCUCAUCCCCUCAGGAUGAAGACCAGCUGGAGAUUAUUAAUUCAGCAGCAUUCAUUGAAGAGCAGUAUGGCCAUUUAAUUGACACCGUACUGGUGAAAGAAGAUCUGCAGAGUGCGUGUCAUCAGCUGAAAACUCUGUUGGAGAAACUAAACAAGGAUUCAUUCUGGGUGCCAGUCAGCUGGGUCCGGUCCUAG